UGAGUCUUGGCAUCAUGGCGGCGGAGUCUGCUGCUUCCUCGUUUGGUGUGAGCUGCCAACUCGGUAAUUGCUAAAGAAAGGACCCGGUUAUUGGGAAAUAAAGCAUGCCAGUUGCAUCGUUGGACACCGCAUAGCAUACGCUAAGGAUGGGCUCCAGAAUAAGCGUUUUCGUACAAAAGGAAUGCCCAUCCACCUUGAUUGAAUGCUUCUGCGAAGUAGUCAUACCUAGUACAUGUACAGAAAAUGCUUGGAUACUGCAAAAAUUCCCGGAGUCGUACCAGGACACGGAGAUGCUGAAGUCUGUUCCAGAAUUUGCCUACCCUUGCGAAUUCUCAAACACAGCGGUGCAACACUUCAGCUUCGUCCUGACAAGCGUCGACAGCAAGUGGACGUUUGGAUUUUGUCGCCAUGCUCCGAAUUCGCCGACGUGCUUUGUGUUGCUCAGCUACCUUCCGUGGCACGAAACCUUCUACAAAGUUCUCAACGAAAUUGCAGAACUAACCAACAGGAAAGACUCUGGCCUGUUGGGGCAAUUCCUCGGUGGGCUGUACACAGUUCCUGUUCCCGAACCAGGUUUUCAGCUCCGCAUCAUCUACGGUACCGAUCGUGUCUUCCAGUGUGCAUGUUCGGAUCAUACAAAACUGCCUAGCAUUCCAGAAAAUAGAAACCUUACCGAAUAUUACAAUGCUGUCGACGCAACGAACAUGAUGGUGGUUUUUGCUAGCAUGUUGCACGAACGACGAAUUCUAAUCACGUCAAAGCGCUUGAGCAGGCUAAGCGCUUGUGUACAGGCAGCCAACGCUCUCAUCUACCCCAUGGAAUGGCAGCACAUUUUCAUUCCCGUUUUGCCAAAUCACCUCCUCGACUAUUUGAGUGCACCAAUGCCCUUUCUGAUUGGCGUUCCCUCAACGACGCUCGCAAGAGUAUCCCGUUCUGAAAUGGGAGAAGUGGUAAUCUUGGAUGCCGAUAACAACAAGGUUGACACUCCAUUUGACGAUCUGCAGACCAUGCCAAGUGAAAUUGUUUCGUCGCUGAAGCGCAGCCUGAGGAACCCGACCAGCCCGCUGCUGGGAGAAGCUGUCUCUCAGGCGUUUCUUCGGACCCUGGUUCGACUCAUGGGAGGCUACCGUGGGGCGCUACGUUUCGUUCCGGGCCAGAAGAUCACGUUCGACCCCCACAACUUCCUCCAGUCCAGGCCGCAAAAUUUGAGACCGUUUCUCGAGAAGAUGCUGCAGCUGCAGAUUUUUCAACAGUUCAUCGAAGGCAGGCUCUUGAUACUAAAUGCGGGCAAAGUCAACAACGAUAUAUUCGAGCUGGAGGUCAACAUCUUCGACGACAGCUCUAACAAGCAGUUCAAGCAACAUUACAAGAACUGGCUAGUUAACAUGAAGAAAGAAGGAGGUGCACUGCUAAAGACAAUGAAGAAUAAGGCAAACCCAGCCGUACGGAGUGCCUAUAAAAAUAUUAAGGCAAAAUUUAGGAGAAGUUUAGUUUUUACAAGGUCGUGGUCACCUCUUUGCGAUGACGUGUCUGGAGAGGUGAAAGAUAAGGGCAAGAAGGCAUACAGUAACAUCCAAGUGAAGAUAACUGGUCUUCAAAAAGUCACCCAAGACGACAUGGCACUUCCACAACGGGAAUGCGGUCAACCUCGGAGCGCUCCAGCGAGUCCGGUCUCGGAGCGCAGGGUGCCAGUGACAUUCCGGCGUGUUCCAACUCUUCCAGGAAAGAAUGCAGCUGCCAGGUUAGCGAAGAGGAAAGGAUCGUUUGAAGGAGGGUUGCUGACAUCCCCAACAAACAUCGAAGAAGGACUCGAGAUUGUGUCCGAACUAGCAGACGAGAAGAGGUCGAGUGGGUCAUUUCGCAGUGUGAAUCUUGAUCUCAUGGGGGAGUUGGAGGAAAUGUUCAACAAGUGUUCCACGGGCAGCUCCCCAGCAAAGUCGGAAAAUGCAAUCGACACCAUGCCCAAAGAGAAAUCUGGUCACUCCAUGACAUCUCAUUUCAGUAACCCAUCUCUGCACAAGGUACCACUGCCGCCCCCACCCAGUGGCAGACGACGGCCCCUCUCCAUCACGAAGCCCUCUCCCGUAAACGACGCCCCGCUCAUCCGGCUCGAGUCCCAAGAUGAUGACGACGGCGACCAAGAAAUCCUCGAUCCCCUCCUGCAACAUUCCCCCAAAAGGCCCACGCAACCGCCUCCGCCUCCUCCCAUCACGGCUUCCCCGAUCCAGCCCACUCCCCCUCUGCGUUCUGCGUCGAGUGCUCCGCCGUUUCAUCCGAUGGUGUCCCUCCCGACGACAAUGCGGCCCACCGUUCCCUUUGUGCCGCAAGCUCCGCGAACUUUCUCAACGUUCAGAAUGCCGUGUGGUGCGCCGCCGUACUCACCUGCCCAGCAGCCAGCACACCGUUCCUUGUACAAUACGUAUUCAACGAAUCCGUUUCUUCGUCCGGCGUGGACGCAGCCGCAGGCCCUGCCUCCUCUUCAGCAACCGUCCGCAGUCACAACAGUGCAGUCAGCGAAGGAUCCGUUUGCGGAUCUGAUAGAUCUGUGAUGUAACGGUGAAGUUUAGGUAUUUAUUUCGUGGUUCCACAGCACGUGACCGUGCAUGCCGUUGUGAGGUUACACGUCGGUUGUGUGUUGGCUAGAUGUCGGCAGUGUUAUACUUUGAGGUUCCGCAUUUUUGCACCAUGUUUUGAGCUUGGUUUGAGACAAGAUUCUUUAAUAGUAGUUUAUGUGUACAGGGUUUGCCCAAGAUCACAUUGGUACCACAUUGGUACUGCAUUGGCACUACAUUGGUACCAUAUUGGUACCACAUUGGUAACGAAACGAAAAUAAAUUAAAGGUGCUGCCUGGGAGUCAAACCUUACGUCAGAGAAGUUAUUAGAUUCCUAAAUACCACAUAAAAAUUGCCUUUUGGUUCCGGUUUUUCUUUUUGAAGAAUACCAUAGUAAUAUGCCAUACUGAAAUAACAAUUACUUUUCAACAUAUCCAGUGGCCUAUUGGUUUUUAGCAUCGCCAACCCUGGUAUGAUAUCAGCUAUCAAUCAUACUUGGAUACCCUGAUAUUGAGAAAGAACUUGGCAAAAAAAAAUUCUCAUUCUCGAUUUUCUUAUUUCUUCUUCAGUCUCAGGGUAUCCGAGUGCGGAAGCUUGUAACCACUUGCGAUUUUAUCUAAAACAUAAUAUGUUUGUUUGUUUUUCACUUUUAAUAAAUAUAGGCCUUCUAAAAUUAAUUUCAAAGAAACAGCGAUUCAGUGAUGGCUCAAAAGAAUGGUGGGUAUUGUUCAGAAGUGAGCAUUUUUGUAUUUUGUUAGUUUAUAAAAAAAAAUCGAAGUGCAAAAUCCUUUACAUGAUUUUCAAACAUACCAUACAUCAGCGAUGAAAGUUACAAUGUUUGCAUUCACUGGUAUUUUUUACAUUGCGUAAGAAAUGUGGUAUCCAUGGAAACCCUGUACGUACAUUUAUACACAGAUAUACAUGCAUAUUGACUGUAGGUUUGAAGUAAAUUCUGAUCGGCAGCGGGUUCUAAAGGCAAACGUUCUUGUGGAAUUAGUUCCUUUCUUUUUCUUUGUAGAAAUUUGAAACUGCGGAACCUUAGUUUUGCUUAAAGGGACAGUCGCAUCCAGAAACCCACCUGUGAAACCGAUACCACUCCCGUAUGGACCACCACUCCUGUAUGAUACCCGUAUGGGUAUCAUACAGGUAUCAUACGGGAGUAUCAUAUACCCACCACUCCCGUAUGGGUAUAUAUAGACGAAACAUCCGUGAAUAAAUUCUAUUAUAAAUAAAUAUUAUUCUCUCGAGAUAACACUAUGUUUGGCAUCGGCCAACAAUCGACUUGGCUAACUUUUUCGUCCGAAAAGUGCUUAGAUAUUAAAUCAGUGUGACGUCACUCAUCACUGGUCAGCGUGACGUCACUCCCUAACAGGAGGAGUGAGAGGGGAAAGGUGAUGUCCAGACGCCCACACCGCUGUGGCAUUCCUUUUGUCAAGGCCGUGCUCUCAUUGGUGGUGUAGGGAAUGACGUUUCCGCCUUUUUCCAGAGAGGGAACUCCUGCAUACUCUCAACAUCCUGCGUCUGCUCUUGUCGUGUAUUCCACCGAAUAACACUCAAACUCCGCCACUAUUUCGCGUGGGAUUUUCGAUACUGUGCUCAGUGGUCAACUAGGAAUCAGGUGACACCAUAGUUUCUAAAAUCAAUUGGAACAGGUGCGACCGUCCCUUUAAACGCCCAACGCUGCUCUGUGCACAUGACGUGGAGCAAACUUUUGUCAAAAUGGUUGGCCAUCACGAAAAAGGGUUCCCACGUCCCCUGCAGUUCACAAAAGCACUCAACUUAAUAUGUAAGGACUUGAGGACAUGGUAAAGCGAUUUGUUGUUAAACCAUGGCUCAAAAUCGAACACCAGCAAACCUGUCCCUAUUACUAUUAUAAAAGGGUGAGAUUGGAUUGACGUCCAGUGAACAUCCGUUCGCAGUGUGACAUUGCACAUCUUAUCAGCUCGUAGAGAUAGGUCUGUAUUUUGAAUAGGUGCAGUAGCGAUCCAGAAGGCACUAGACAUCAUGCUAUGUUGCCCUUUUUCUUGAUGUGUGUGCAUUGUGAAACAGAGGUGCUUAGACAUCAAUUUACUGUCAAUAUAGGCAGGACUGAAAGCAGUGCUAUGUGAAAAACAAAUUGUGCAAAAUAUAAAUCAAAGCAAAAGACCCAGGUCAGAAGCCAUGUGGCCUGAGGCAUUCCAUUUUUUUGAUUUGCAAGAAACAGGUUCUCAAGUGUCUAUGAGAGUUGUCUUCAUAAUCGUCUCUAGCAACACCCCAAGUCAUGCCGGGUAAAUGCAAAGUAUUGCUAUUUGCACUCGAUGGGAAGCAUUUGCACUGCAUUCCACGCUUUACAGCAAAGUGGUAAUAGACACUAGUGGCAUAGCCAAGGGGCGGGGUUUGGUGGUUCAGCCCCCCCCCCCCCCCCAAAGAAAAAAAAAAAGAAAUCGUGCCCGCGAGCUUUUCUGUGAUCGAUGAGUUGACUGGCGUGUGAUGUCUCUCCAUGAUAUGACUCAACUUGCUCAACAUGGUUCUAGCAGAUGUUGAUGAUGGAAGGUGGUGGUUUGCAGAAAAAGUAUGUUGUGUGAAAGCAAGAGUGGCAGUACAGCAUGUGUUGUGGAAACUACGCGAGAUGUUAUUACAUAUGAAGCAGUACAUCCCGUUGUGUUGUACUCUAAACAAGUACUGUGUGGUACUAUAAUGUGUUCUGUGCGCACGGCCUGCCUCUGUAUAACCGACGAAUUAAGAAAAUGAGUGUGCGUCAAUGGAAUCAAAUCGGUCAAUCAAAUCGUCUUUUGCACCAAUGUGUAGCGAGUUCGGUUCGCAUUGGUGGCUGCAAUUGCUUGCGCAACUUGAAGCAUACUUAACAGUAAUGCAGAAUCAGGCUCAGUUGUAGCUCUGGGUAGAAAAAAAUAUGGAAACAGUAUGCCGGAUUGAAAAAAAAGGCUGUUGAAUACAACAAACGUCGUAGUUGGAAUAGCAGCGAGUGGUAAAGGAUGUCUUAGGCUUUUUAUCUUCUUUUACUUAGGCUUUCUACCUGAAAUAUUGAACUAAUUUUCCUGCAUGUUCUAUUUCUGUUAAAAUUGAGUGAUUGUUUUGUUCAAUUGAUGGAAAUUAUGGACACUUUCUUGCUAGCUAUUUUUUGUAUAGUAUGGCACUAAAGAAUUGUGGGUGGAUGGGGAAAUAGGAAUGAAACUUUGCUCUGUCAUUGAAUUAAUUGCAGCUUUACAAUUACAUGGGAUAUCGUAUGCAGUGAUACGGAAAUGUUAUACUUUUUUUUUAUUGCUGUUGUUUACUGCCGUCAAAAGUAUGCAGAUCUUCUCAGAGCUAAAGCGACAAACUCAUAUGGUAGGCGAAUGUCAUUCUUGUGUAAGGUCAUUAUAUGUUCCCGUGUGGCAGCGAACAAAUGGCAUUCAGUGUGAAUGUCAUUUGCAGGAAAUGACAUUUAACUUCCUGUGGCAGAGGUGUUUAGGCAACACAUCCGUGGUUUGUGAGCUGUGAUUGGAGAGCACAAAAAAAGAAUAUACGUAUACAUUUUUUUGGUGCUCUGACGUUGAAGGCUACAAACUACAAAGUAUUUUGACAUAAUUCUUUUAAAUUUCACCAAAUCGAAGUGCUUCUGUGUGCUAAGCCAAGGAAAUGCUUAGUGUGACUAUCCAGAGACUGUAACAUAUUUCAAUGUGAUGUAAAGCAUGUACAAUUUUUUAACACACAUAUUUUUAUGCAAGUCUGUCUGAUCCUAAUAUUUGGUCUUUAAAUUGUGGUACUCUUAAGAGUGCUGUGCACUGUGCUUUCCUUAUCCUGUUGUUAGAUUUGGUUGCUUUUUUUUUUUUUUUUUUGACAGCUAGAAGUUUGAUGAUAGAUUGUAAAACCUUUCCAUGUUAUUCUCGUAAUCGGGUCACCUGGGCACAUGUCUGUAUGUCCUUACUUCUAGCAUGUCGGACUGAGGAAGGAAUGCGCCGGAGCGUGGUCCGUAAACUUUUGUCCAGCGCGGUAUGACAUGUUUCAUGCCGUGUCAUGUCAAUUCUGCCUGAUCAGAUGUUGCUGCAUUAAGUGGAUUGUGCCAAAGCACGCGAUUAACGUGCCAAUUGAUGACAUGUAAUGCACUGUGAUCAUUGAGAAAGUAUCCAGACUAGCGCUUUUUUUGUGUUACGGAUUGAAACCUUUGUUUCAAACCAGUUCUGAACCGGUUUUAAACCCAUUUGUUUCUUCAGUGUUUAUGCUCUUAAGAUAUCUAUGUACAUAUUAUAAAUAAUGGUGAAGUAGAUAUUGGGAGAGAGACCCUGUGCAAUAUAAAAUCAUGCUGAAUAAAUAUUCUAACAGUU